UGAGAGAGAGAGAGAGAGAGAGAGAGAGAGAGAGAGAGGAUUUGUUCAAAGGUGAGGUACUGAUAGACGGAUGAACUACGUACACAAGCAACUCAGCAAGAGCUAUAUAUAAAAGCUUGAAGCUGCAGGUCAGGGUCUUGUACGCUCUGUAAGGGAGAGAGAAUCACUUGGGAGAAGAACAGGCUUUGGUCAUUAAUUGUUCGAUCGAGUGACCCUUCCUUGAGCUCAAGAUCAUCAAGAAAAAGAAAAAGGAGCAAAUUUGAUGGAGAUUUCAUCAAGAGGAGGAUCAUCUGAGCUGGGAAUGGAGGAUCCCUUCUUCAUCAACCAGUGGCAGUACAUGAACUCUUUGGAUGAGCUCGGUAUGCUCCCGUUAGCAGCUGCAUUUGGAGAGAAUUUACAACACUCUCAGUUCCACCCAAUUUUCAACCUCAAAACUCCUAUCGAUAAUGCUCAUACCGCCAUUGACAGACCAACAAAACAGCUCAAAACUGAUGGAUGGACUUCAGGCAAAACUGAUCAUCUUGUAUCAAAUCCACAAGUUGUUUCCUUGCCUCCAAACAUUUUUUCGUUCGUCAAUUCUCAUCAUGCAAACCAAAUGCCGGUGCUUAAGCCUAAGGAGGAGGCAGCAGCAGUGUGUUCAAAGAGCACCAACACUCUCCCUUCUGAUAUAUUGCUUUCUCAAGGUUCAUUUGAAAACCGAAAUUAUUCAUCAAAUGGGAUCAGCACAACCACUCGGCUUUCUCAGACCCAAGAUCACAUUAUUGCAGAAAGGAAGCGCAGAGAGAAGCUCAGCCAACGGUUCAUAGCUUUAUCUGCAAUCGUUCCUGGUCUAAAGAAGAUGGACAAGGCUUCUGUUCUGGGAGAUUCAAUUAAGUACAUCAAACAACUGCAGGACAAGGUAAAGACGCUUGAGGAACAGACGAGAAACAAAAACAUGGAAUCGGUCGUGUUUGUGAAGAAAACACAGCUCUUUGCCAACGGCGACAAUUCUUCCUCUGACGAAAAUGGCUCCACCCGCCCGUUUGACACGACACUGCCCGAAAUUGAAGCAAGGUUCUGUGACAACAAUGUCUUGAUAAGAAUCCACUGUGAGAAAAGAAAAGGAAUUGUGGAAAAAACAAUAGCAGAGGUUGAGAAGCUCCAAUUAAAAUUCAUCAAUAGUAGUGUGAUGACAUUCGGGAGCUGUGCUCUUGAUGUUACCAUUAUUGCUCAGAUGGAAGCGGAAUUCAGCCUCUCGGUGAAGGAUCUCGUCAAGAAUCUACGCGCAGCUUUUGAGCUGUUCAUGUGAAAUGAAUCUACUCGCAGCUUUCGAUCUGUUCCUUGCUGCAGAAGCUUCACAAUAAAUAGGAGUAUUUCCUCAAAUAUACCAGUCCAAGUUUAAGUAUCUUUUUCAGAAUCUCUGUUUACAAGGCCUGCAAUCCUUCACCAAGUUAGAUUACCAGUACCUUCAAGCUUGUUUGCUGUCAGGUUAAUAUUUUGCAGGAGGGUUUUUUCACUUCAACUUUUUUUCAUGGUUAACUUGUUUACCAUGCUUAUUUACCCACCUGUUUAAGCAAGUUAUCUCACAGCUUUUGUUUUACUUCAAGGAGUUUGCCAAAUGCGACUCAUCCCUUUGUGUCCCCUAGGGUUUUUUUUUUAUAGGUGAGGAUGAAAGCAGGCAUUUGUUUGGUCAGCGUUUUAGAGGCAUCUUGAACAUCUAAUUUCUUGAGCCUCUUUUUCUAGUAAUCUUCUCUUUAUAUGUAACCCUUUUGUUGCCAAGUAAUGGAAAAUAAGUAAUUUCAUGUUACCUUUA